AUGACUGUUAUAUUGACGACAGCGACAAAUGAAUCGGUAGAUAAACAGGGAGUGAAAGAGAGGCUGGUUUUGUGUAAUGAGGGGAAUAGUGUGUUGUUGUCCCCAUUAGAGGGUUUUGCUAAAAGCAGACCAACCAUGAGAUUAGCAAUUAGAUCUAUAGUAUGCUUAUGUUGGGCAGCAUUAGUCAUAGCCGAUGGCUAUGAAGAAGGAGGAGGAGGUGGCGGUUAUGGUGGUGAAGGAGGAGAAGGCGGAGGGGGUUACGGUGGAGAAGGUGGCGGAGGUUACGGUGGAGGAGCCGGCGAAGGAGGCGGCGGAGGUUAUGGCGGCGGAGGCGGCGGAGGUUACGGAGGAGAAGGCGGCGGAGGUUACGGCGGUGGAGGAGCCGGCGGAGGAGGCGGCGGAGGUUACGGAGGCGAAGGCGGCGGAGGUUACGGAAAAGGAGGCGGUGGUGGCGGCGGUUACGGUGGGGGUGAACACGUGGAAUACGCGAGACCAGUGAAGAUAAUAGUGAAACACAUUGCAAAACACAUUCCGUAUCCCAAACCAUAUCCGGUUUAUAAGAAAGUUCCGAUUCCAAAGCCGUAUCCUAUCUUUAAGCCGUUACCGGUGGCCAAGUUUGUACCAAAACACGUCAUUGUGCCGGUCGUGAAACACGUGUUUGCACCAUAUCCUGUCAUAAAGCCGGUUCCGGUGGCAAAACCAUUUCCCGUCCCAAAGCCGGUAGCAGUUCCCUAUCCAGUCAAGGUACCUAAGCCUUACAUAGUACAUGUGCCUAAAUCAGUACCGGUGCCUAAGCCGUACCCAGUGCCGGUGCCGGUCAAAGUACCGAAGCCAGUGGUGGUACCGGUAUUCAAGACUGUCCCGUAUCCCGUUCCCAAACCAGUUCACAAAAUYAUUCCUAUAAUUAAAGAAGUACCAUAUUUGGUGAAGAAGCAUGUUCCAGUUUUAGUCGAGCAUCACUACAAAGAAGUUAAGUUACCGAUGAAAAAAGGAUACGGCUAUUGA